UUGACCCCCAAACGUCAACUGGAUUUUAAUGUCGAGCUUUGAGUUGGGCAAUUUUGUGUUCUCACUAACUCAUGUUCAUAAAAAUAAAUAAAUUUUAGAGAUUAACAAAUAAAUGAUAGAGCACCAUAAUCGUGGAUUAGUGGGACCUUAAUUGCCGCGCAUCUUCCUAAGUAACUUAAUUAUUACGUUAAAAUAGGAAAAGUUUUGCGCAGACACACAGCCGCCAUUUCCACUAACUCUCUUCCUCUCCAGGUGUCCCUUCAUUAUAAGCCCCUCCCUCUAACCGAUGAAUUAAAACCUAAAAAAAAAAAAAAAUUAAUGAGCCCAAGAACCAAGUAAUGAUUUAAUUUAAAAGCUGCGUAACAGCUCUAUCUCUUCCACUAAUCCAAUGAUUACCCAACUUAAUCCGUACCCAUAAUUGAAAAUCCCAUCAUUAUAAAUUUUCUCUCAGAAAAAAAAGAAAGGAAAAGAAGAGGAACCAUCAACCAAAUAUUUAUAGCUGUCCAUUGCAGCUAUAACUAUAUAAUUAGCUCUACAUUUCCAUGCUUAUUAGCUUUGUGGGUUAAUUAGAGUGUGUGAUUAGUGACUAAUCAUGGUUAUUAUGGGAGAGGCAGGGGAAAGCUUGUUGGUGAUUAGAGAGUUGGACAUGAACAAGGACACAGAAAGUGUGGAAGAGUUAGAGAGGAAGUGUGAAGUUGGUGGUUCUUCAUCUGGCAAAAUGUCUCUCUUUACUGAUCUUUUGGGUGACCCAAUUUGCAGGAUUCGAAACUCACCCUCCUUCCUCAUGCUGGUGGCUGAAAUGGGUCCUGGCAAAGAAAUCGUUGGAGUCAUUAGGGGUUGCAUCAAGAUCGUUACUUGUGGCAAAAAGCUCAUAAGAAGUACCAAUGGAAUUGCAAACUCUAGCAAUGAAGAUUCUGAUCCCAAACUCGAACCCAUUUGCACCAAACUCGCUUAUAUUCUCGGCUUACGAGUUUCUCCUUCACACAGGCGUAGAGGUAUUGGAUUGAAGCUUGUUAAUCAAAUGGAGGAAUGGUUUAGAAGAAAUGGAGCAGAGUAUUCAUACAUGGCAACUGAAAAUGACAACAUGCCUUCCCUCAACCUCUUCACUAAAAAAUGCCACUACACCAAGUUUCGUACCCCUUCAAUUUUGGUCCAACCAGUAUUUGCUCACCGAGUCAAAACUCACAAUCGAGUCACCAUCAUCAAACUCAGCCCUCCAGACGCCGAGGCCCUCUACCGCUCCCGAUUCUGCACCACCGAGUUUUUCCCACAGGACAUUGAUAGGGUUGUGAAAAACAAGCUCAAUCUUGGCACGUUUUUGGCCGUCCCAACUGGAUUUUCGUGGCCCGGUUUGGUCAAGUUUCUGUCUGAACCGCCAGAGUCAUGGGCAGUUUUAAGUGCAUGGAAUUGUAAGGAGGUGUUUACUUUGGAAAUCAAAGGCGCGUCGCUUGCACGGCGUUUUGCGGCGAAGGCCACGCGCGUGGUGGACAGGGCAUUGCCUUGGCUGAGGAUCCCUUCGGUACCUGAGGUUUUUAGGCCUUUUGGGUUGGUUUUUCUCUAUGGUUUGGGAGGACAAGGCCCACGCGCGGUUAAGAUGGUGGAAGCGCUUUGUGGCCACGCACAUAACAUGGCUAGGGAAUUGGGUUGUGGGGUGGUGGCGACUGAGGUGGCAAGUCAAGAACCGUUGAGGUUAGGAAUACCACACUGGAAGACACUAUCAUGCGCCGAGGAUAUGUGGUGCAUCAAGAGACUACUGCAGGAUUAUAGUGAUGGGCCUAUUGGAGACUGGACCAAAUCUCCUCCUGGGCUUUCAAUUUUUGUUGAUCCAAGAGAGUUUUAGUAAAAUGACCAACCAGAAAAAGAGGCAAAUUUUGUAGUUUUAGUGUUAAUAUUGUAGUUUUAGAAGAAUGCUAGCAAUCUUCUCUCCAGCCUAGUAAUGGUAGUAUAAUUGAGCGAACUGUUUUGUAUCUGUAGGUCUAAAUUUUGUUUAAUCCACUUUUUCUAAUAUUUGAGUCCAAAAA